AUAAAAGCCAUUGUAUUUGAAAUCAUAUUUCAAUAUCAUCAAUUUAAUUGACAAUCAUUUACUGACUUUUCUUUUUUUAUUAAUUCAUACAAACAUGUUUAUACUUUAUAUUCUUGGAUUGCAUUGCCUUUUCGUGGUGCAGACAUACGCAGAUUCUCCUGAACCUGUUUGUUCAGAUGGUUUUGAAUCAUACACACCAGGACAGAUAUUUACCGAUAGAGUAGGACGGAAAUGUAAAUGCGAAUACGACGCAAAAAUAACUUGCCUAGAAAUAAACAGAGGAUGCGUGUACCUAGGGAAGCAAUACAGAAAUGGAAUGAUAUUUCCCGCUGAGGACGGGUGCAAUACAUGUCGGUGUAAACUAACCGGGCAGAUAUUGUGCUCAAGGAGGCAGUGCAUACGAAAAGCCACAUGUCAACAUUUAGGCGUAGUUUACAGAGCGGGGGAUACCUUUAAGAAGGGGGAUAGCUGUAACUCGUGCACAUGUUUAGUGACGGGAAAAGUCAAGUGCACGGAAAAUAAAUGUUUUCCAGAUUGCCAACAUGAAGGCAAAACCUACAAAGCUGGUGCUGUAUUCCCUAAGGGAGAUAACUGUAACAGAUGUACGUGUAUGGUGACCGGCUCUUUACUUUGUACUACGGACUCUUGUGCUCCGAAGUGUGAACACAAGGGCAGGGAGUACGAGGCUGGGUCUAACUUUCGCAAAGGUGACGGUUGUAAUGAAUGCAGGUGUCUACAUGGAGGGGUCGUACAAUGUACAAACAAACAAUGUUACCCAGAUUGUGUUUAUCGCGGAGAAGGUUUCAUGAAAGGCGAAAUGUUUGACAAGGGAGACCACUGCAAUAUGUGUAAAUGUAUGACCGACGGAACUGUGCAGUGCUCAACCAAAUCGUGUUUCAAAGAUUGUCAUCAUAGAGGCGUAGUCUACAAGGCUGGUCAGAGCUUCAAGGUAGACAAAUGUAACACGUGUUGGUGCAUGGUGACUGGAAAACUCAGCUGUACAGAGAUGUCAUGUUACCCAGACUGUACGUAUUUGGGAAAAUCA